GCAACACCACAACUACAUCAUCCAAGAUGGCGGCGCCCGUGAUUGAAACAUGCCAUGUAGCUUGUUCUGCAAACAGGACACCAAAAGUGGUUUCUUGGAGUCGUGGAGGGACCAUUGCGUUUGGGACAUGUAACUCCGUGGCACUGUACGACCCCCAGGAGAGAAGAGUUGUGGAUUUGCUGAAUGGACACACAGGCAGAGUGAAUACGGUCCAGUGGGUUCACAGAGAGGACUGUGCUCCAGAGAGUCAUCUCGUCUCAGGAGGCUCAGACAAUCAGAUCAUCGUCUGGGAGGCACAAAAUGGGAAGUAUAUCCAGUCUGUGCCCUGUAAGGGCCAUACUGGUCCUGUUUGUGCUGUUAAUGCCAUCUACACCGGGGACUCAAAGAUCCUGGUGGCCUCCACAGCAUCCGACUCCACUGUCAGACUGUGGCUCUACAAUGAAACCAAAGAUGUUGAGUGCCUCCAUACCUUGUCAUUUGGCGGCCGUUUCAUGAUGGAUGUCUCUCUGGCGCUGUUGCCUGGCAGCAGAGUUCCCAUACUGGCCUGUGGGGGCGAUGACUCUCAGGUGCAUCUAUAUGUGGAGUCCAGUGGACAGCUCCAGAAAGUUAUGUCGCUGCAAGGACAUGAAGACUGGGUGCGAGGCGUGGCAUGGGUGUGCCAAGGUCGGGAGCUGUUAUUAGCCAGCUGUUCACAGGACUGUCUCAUCAGAGUGUGGAGGCUGUGCGCCAAGUCUGGGACAGACGCCCACGCAGAGGACGAUCACACCAUCAUCAAAAUGAAAGAGGACGUUUUUGAAGUGAAGGAGGGAGAUGUGCCCUCAGUGUUUGCUGUGUCUCUUGAGACGGUUUUGGCAGGUCAUGAGAACUGGGUUUACGGAGUCCACUGGCAGCCUCCUUUCUACAAAGGUGGUGAGCUGCAACAACCACUCAGUCUGCUCUCUGCCUCCAUGGACAAAACCAUGAUCCUGUGGGCUCCUGAGGAUGGAUCUGGAGUCUGGGUGGAGCAGGUGCGUGUUGGCGAGGUUGGUGGUAACACUCUGGGCUUCUACGGCUGCCAGUUGAGUCCGGAUGGCUCCAUGAUUGUGGCUCAUGCUUUUCAUGGAGCGCUGCAUCUCUGGUGCAAAGACCAGGACAACGAGGGAGAGUGGAGGCCCGGGGUUGUGAUCUCCGGUCACUUUAAUGCAGUCCAGGACCUGAGCUGGGAUCCUGAGGGCCAGUUCAUCCUGAGCGUGGGCUCGGAUCAGACAUCCAGACUCUUCACUCCGUGGAGGAAACACGAUUCAAAACAGGCAACCUGGCAUGAAAUCUCACGGCCUCAGAUCCACGGAUACGACAUGCAGUGUCUGGCGAUGGUGGGAAGGUUUCAGUUUGUGUCUGGAGCCGACGAGAAGGUGCUGCGAGUGUUUCAAGCACCUCGAAACUUUGUGGAGAACUUCGCUAACAUCUCGGGGACCUCCAGGGAAAAGUUGUUGACAUCGAGUGACUGUGCCAACAUACCAGAAGGAGCCAGCACACCUGCCUUGGGUCUGUCCAACAAGGCUGUAUUUCAAGGUGAUCUUGUCCCGAAAACCAACAAAGAAGGGGAGAAAUUCAGCAGCGUAUCAGAUCAGUACCAGGAGUCUUACUUCCACCCGCUCAUCAUGACUGAGCCCCCACCAGAGGAUCAUCUUCUCCAGAACACACUCUGGCCCGAGGUCCAGAAACUGUACGGCCACGGCUUUGAGAUGUUCUGUCUCGCUUCAGACAGCUGCAAGACGGUGGUGGCCUCUGCAUGCAAGGCAUCUAAAGCAGAGCAUGCCGCCAUUCUGCUGUGGAGUACAGCAACGUGGCGUCAGCUGCAGAUGCUGCCCUGCCACACCCUCACCGUCACACAGAUGGCGUUCUCCCCAGACGCACAGCUCCUAAUCGCCGUUUCCCGCGAUCGCACGUGGUCUUUAUGGAGACGGGACCUGCCCACACCUAAUAGUCCAGAGCUGCAGUUCUCGCUGCACACACACGCAGGGAAGGACUCGUCCAUACACACCCGAAUCAUCUGGUCAUGUGACUGGAGCGCAGACAGCAAAUUCUUUGUGACAUCGAGCCGGGACAAGAAGGUGAUAGUGUGGGGUCCGUGCAGACUGGAGGACUCUGGAGACUCUGCGCCUCCUCCUGAGAUUAAACCGAGUUCUUCCAUCCUGGAUGUGGGAGAUUCUGCUACAGCUGUGGCUUUCUGUCCUUUACUCUGCUCUGAUAACAGCUACCUGUUCGCAGUGGGUCUAGAGAGCGGCAGGAUCUUGUUGUACAGAUGGAGUCCUGCUCAGGAGCCUGCUGGUGGACAUGACUGGAGCAGAUGUGGAGAAACAGACGGAUCACAAAGCCACUCUCUGGCAGUAAAGAGGCUCCGCUGGAGGCCCCGUGCUGGCCGAGUAGGUCGAGAGAACAACAGGAAGGACGGACAGGCUGAGGGAGAGAGUGAAACCGAGGAGGAGAGCUCCUGGCUCCAACUAGCCAGUGCCAGCGCCGACCACUCUGUCAAAAUCUUCAACAUCAACCGACGGGCUCUUUAGCACCACCAACACUGACACUAUUAUGUCUCUCUGACACCGAGAGAUACUUGGACUGAGGGCCACAGGCCGCACUGUGCCACAGAGGCCACAGCUGCUCGCUGGCAAGCCAUCCCCUCCCUGUGACAGCCGGUUAAGUCGUGGGUCAGUCUAAGGCCAGACCCACAGCACUCGAGCCCUGCAGUCUGUGUGAGCGCAGCUGAACCGAUGUGAAGGGUGGAGGAAAGAUCCUGAAAACACCACGACCCCAGGGAGGGGCUCUGCUCAGACACUUCACAGUGUUUCAGUUUCUGAGAAGACAACACUGCUGGACUUCUCUACACAUCACACAUUCCCACUGGAUAUCCACGUAUCAUCGUAUCACUAUAAACACGGACAGAUGCUUGUUAGUAAUUAGUUUGUUAUCAUCACACAAUUCUCUCUGGUUGUUUGGGAAUGUCGAGAUGUUUUAUUUGUUUUUGUUUUAUUAAAAAUCAUUAAAUGUUUGUAUAUCCCAAA